AAUAUUUUACAGAUUCUCAAAAGUAAGUGGUGGAAGUAUAUUCUGCUGGCUCUGGUGGAUGUGGAAGCCAACUACACUGUGGUUAAAGCUUACCAGUACACCACCCUCACCAGUGUUCAACUGCUGGACUGCUUUGUGGUCCCGGUCCUCAUGGUCUUGUCCUGGUGGAUUCUGAAGACCCGUUUUAGGCCAGUGCACUAUGCUGCUGUGUGUAUCUGUGUGCUUGGAGUUGGAGCUAUGGUGGGAGCCGACCUGCUAGCUGGACGAGACCAGGGCUCCACUGCAAACAUCCUGUUAGGUGAUGGGCUGGUCUUGCUCAGUGCCUCACUGUAUGCAGUUUCAAAUGUGUGUCAGGAGUACACUGUGAGGAACCUGACCAGAGAAGAGUUUCUUGGCAUGGUUGGCCUGUUCGGUACCAUCAUCAGCACCAUUCAGAUGGUGAUUCUGGAACGCAAUGAAAUUAGUGCCAUCCAGUGGAACUGGAAAAUUGGGUUGUUAUUUUGUGGCUUUGCCCUGUGCCUGUACACACUCUACAGCUGUAUGCCCAUCGUGAUAAAGCUGAGCAGUGCCACUUCAGUGAAUCUGUCUUUAAUGACUGCAGAUUUGUUCAGCCUCUUCUUUGGGAUUUUCCUCUUCCAUUACACGUUCUCUGGACUUUAUUUGGUCUCACUGAUCAUCAUCAUCAUUAGUUCCAUAAUGUUUAAUGCAGUACCCACUCAGACUGACUCCGUAGACCCCCUGCCCUCUGUCUGUGAGGAGGGCUUCUAUGAAAACCCAGUGGCAACUCAAAAUUACUUCACAAACCAGGAGAUUGUCCUGAGAUCGCACAGAGAGGAGCAGGAUGCCCAAGAGAAGAGGAUAAGCGCCUCAAACAGAACUCAUACAUAUGAAGAACAGUCUUACCAAAAUUACAAUGUUGAUGUUACAUGUAGCACUAAACUGUAAUUUGUUUUUGUUUGGGUUUUUUUCAGUGCAAGCUUCUUCUGUAAAUGUUAUUGAUUAGAUUAAUAUUUACAUUUGUAUAUUAUUAUAAUAUAAUAUUAUAAUAUUUUUAUUUAUUUGUACUGUAUUUGUUACAGUAUAUUUGAGUAAAAAAAUGUAAAACUAAAAGAAAGGUUUUUCAUUAGUCUCAACAUUUUCAGAAUUUUGUUUGUAUGUGUACAAAAAACAAAAUCAAUGCUCUAACCUAGAUUACAAGACAGUAUUAUUCUUGUUUAAAUUGAUUGUGCAUAGCCGUGUAAUAAGAAUCAAUACAACACAUAUUUGUUUUGAGCAUUUUUUGCAGAGAAAAUUUUGGAAAAAAAAAAAAAAUUCUCAUUAAC